CUUCUUCAUGUACCCCAGGUUGGGUGGAGAGAUGGACAUUGAUGAUUAAUUGAAGCUUCUUCGGCUACACUGUAAUUCUUGUUACAAAUUUUUAUUUUUUCCUUUUCCAGAUGUAUACUGAUCAGAAGAAAUGCCAGCAGCUGGCGGCGUCUUCUUCGUUUUACCGCAAGAUCUAUUCCGAAAUAGAAGAAAUAGGCUGGGGAAAUCUCGUUAGGUUGGGGGAAGAUUUGACAUCUCUUAGUUUCCGUAUAAUAGACGAGAAGGGAAGAACGCAUAUGGUGGGAAUAGAAUUGGAUAAAGCCUAUCCAAAAUCUCCCCCCUCAGUAUCCGCGGAUGUGCCAAGCAUCUUCAGUUUGCAAUGGUCUCCUCACUCAAAGCUAAGCAAUCUUCUUGAUCAGUUUGGGCAGCAUCUGGACAAGCUUCAACCGUUUUGGUCUACAAUGGAUGAAAUUGACAGCUCCCUUCGGGUUUGUGCUCCUAAACAGACACAGUUUUCCUCAUCGCAUCGCCAAAUAGAUAUAGGUCUGGGUGUUUAAGAACAAGGAGGAUUUGCAUAUUGAAAUCAAGCGUAGGUAUUCUACAUCUUGCUCAAAUUUUUGCUUCUUUUAUUAUAGGCAAUGGUUGCUAUGUCGUUUUGUCUGUAGACCCAGACGACCCUAAAGCUUUGCCAGAGUAGGAGCUCUCUCAACACUUUCAAUACUGCAUUGGAUUCGAGAUAAAGCAUUUGUGGAAAAUGUCAAGAGUUUAUUGAAAAUUCAAUUACCUGAACAUCCCAAUGAACCAAAGAGUGACCAGCUGUGUGAAGAAUGUGGGAUUUGUUAUGCACAAUAUCUCCCAAUUGAUGCCGAGCUAGGAAUCGAUAGUGGGUGUGGAACCGAUAUUACAUGUAAGAAUAACAACUGCCGGAAGGCCUUCCACCGUAUCUGCCUUUUGGAUUGGCUUCGUUCCAUCACAACAACAAGACAGUCAUUUGAUGUUCUGUAUGGGAAUUGUCCCUACUGCUCAUAUCCUGUUUCAGUCAAAACAUUGUAACUUCUUUUUGUCGCACCACCAAAUUUGCAUUCCUCAUUGGUAAUUUGAUUUCCAACAUGCCAACAUGUCUGGGGAGUUGUCUAUGUAUCAAGGAUAUACUCUUGUAGGGAGUAUGUAUUAAUCAAAUUGUGAAGAAACCAAUUCAAUCAAAAGAUCAAUCUUAG